CACGCCCAGAGGUUAUAAAGUCCCCGCUUGAAACGCGUUCACCACCACCACAAAACCAGAAAGCUACAGUUCAACUUCAUAGGAAGAGACAUUCACAAUGGGUCAAACACCGUCGCAGUUCAUGGAAGACAUGCAGAAGCGGUCAAACUUCACCGCCAGCGAGCUGGAGCGGCUCAAAAAGCGAUUCAUGAAGUUGGACAGUGAUGGAUCUGGCUCGAUAGAUCGCGAAGAGUUCCUUCAGAUCCCCCAAAUAGCAACGAAUCCUCUGGCGUCACGGAUGAUUGCAAUCUUUGACGAAGAUGGUGGAGGAACAGUGGAUUUCCAGGAGUUUGUCGGCGGCCUGAGCGCGUUCAGUAGCAGAGGAGGACGGGAAGAAAAGUUGAGGUUUGCAUUCAAGGUGUACGACGUUGACCGGGACGGCUAUAUCUCAAACGGAGAGCUAUUCCUCGUGCUCAAGAUGAUGGUGGGUAGCAAUUUGAAGGACCAACAAUUGCAGCAGAUCGUCGAUAAGACAAUCAUGGAAGGAGACCACGACGGCGAUGGCAAACUGAGUUUCGAGGAGUUUGCUCAGAUGGUGUCCAACACGGAUAUCGUCAAGCAAAUGACGCUCGAGGACUUGUUCUGACAGGACGCGCUCGAGGCAACUCAUCUCCUCGGACAUGCCCUGGACCAGAUAUGCCCCCUAUAUGCUUCUCUAUACCCUACCGCACGCUUUUCAGCUCGACAUUCACCUGUGUAUCAUCUCCUUCUCCGGUAAAGAGUUCGCCCAGCCUCUCUGACAUUAUUUAGAUCCGCGUAUAAUACAACGCAUUCACCACGCAUCCUUUCAGCGGCCCCAUUUCACUUGGUGUCAAGCAGUCGUCAGACUUCUAUCAGCUGACAUGCUUACCCUUUGACAUAUCCGUGUUGCAAUUAGGACUCCAUGAUAACGCAAUUAUUUCGGUGAUGGGUGCGCUCAUGCAGUUGCAAGAUUUGGAAGUCAAUACAAAAAUACAUUGUAUCAUAGACAACGUACAAGGAGUGAAUGCAAAGCGGGAAAGGGUGGUCCAUACGGUACAUCAGAACUGAGAUAUCUAAAAGCCACAAAUAUCUAUGUAACAAAGACCGAAGGAAAGAAAAUCCCUAGCAGGGAUGUCGCUGCUGUUCUGGGUAAGGUAGGACCAGUUGACCGGGUGGAACAAAACCAUGCUUGUGAUCUGCUAAACCGAGGAAACCUGAGACAGAUUACCGGUGGGGAGGCUCCUGAUGGGUGUUGCAGAUGGGAGGGAAGGCUAUAUAAUGUGUGACCCUGCUUCGAAUGCUCGUAGUUCGUGAAGUGGAGCGGGAAGUUGGUUCAGCCAGGCCGUUGUGUUAGGCAAAGACAGGCACAUGUGGAGCAAGCAAUCAGCGAGGCGAAAAAAUAAGCUCUCCGUUGAGCCUGUUAAGGUGGUGGGGAGAUGUGACUGGCGGGCGCGGGGAAACAUGGUGAUACAUCGGGCCGGAAACGACGAGCCAAGAAUGGGCUCCAUCCUGGUCGCAUCGUAUGAAACGCGGCACAACGCAACGAGACUGGCUGUUUUUCGUAACGCACUACCGGCGUGUGGAUCGACUGAUCGUACAUGGGGGCGAAAAGGGUCACAUGGAGGGGGCUGAGCUGGGCUUGAAUAAAUUAAACACGAGCGUCUGGGCGGAUGGGAUGCGCCUGCUUCUCUAUCGCUGAAAUGGGCUUGCAUGCAUGGGGACGGCAUGAUGCCCGUUCCCAGCCAUGGCGAAUGGCGAGUGAGCAGACGGGUAGCCAGUCUGGCCCAAAAAAGAUGAAGGAGGUGCCUGUGCAGCCUGAAGCUGUGCAACGUAGAAUGGAUCUGUCGUCGUAAAUAGCGUCUCGGCUUGCGACGGCAGGCUGUAUGUGGGUGACGUAGGGGAAGAAACCAUGGGCGACUGCGCAGGAGCGAAAGUGCGGUUUGCGAGCACAGGGGACUGGGGCGAAGAAGGCAUGAGGAUGUCCUCGACCAUGUUUUCCUCCUCCAUUUCUUCCAGAUCGUGCCAGCGCUCGUCAUGGUGGACUGAACGAGAUCGAGAUCUAGCAGAGCUGUCGCUGCGAUGGCGGUAGCUAUCCGAGUUCUGGAAAGGAUUGCUGGACAAGCUUAUGCUACCAGAGGGUGUUCGGGUCGUUGGCGUUGUGCAAUGCUGAACACCAGUAGGAUCUCUCUGCGGCGCAGCAGGGGCCAUGUUAAUUUGUGGCGAAGUGACUGCCAUCGCCUGUGUCUGAACGUGGUUGUGAAAGAAGGCUUGGGUGAGCUGCGCCUGAAGGGCAGCGAGGUCCAUGGCCUCCUGACCAAUGUGGUUAGAAGAGAAAGUGGCGAUGAGAUCGUCGACAGAGAGACUCAUGGUGGCAGGGAGUGUGCGAGACAGCAGCAGGCAGGGGAUG